GAUUAAAUAUUAUUGGAUUUAAUCAAGUUUUAAAGAGUUUAACAACAGUUAUGCUAUAUACCCUUUAGGGGUUAACUGUGUAUGAAACACUCUGUCUGGUACCUUUGUAUGACUCACUGGUUUACAUUUAUAACAAGCAGUACUCUAGCAAUGCAUUCAGUCUUUCUUCUGCAGCUGCCUAACUCGCUAAUAUAAUAAUUUGAGUAAAAUUAUUUCACAAUUACUAGGAACUACUUUGAAAUAUUCUGUGUCUUGGACUAUAUGAAUCAACAGUGACUAAUUGGAUGUUUUAAAAGAAUUAUUGAGUCAUAUACUGUAUCUUGGCUUGAUUCAACUGUGCUUUAAACUCAUUAUUGGAUAUUGUACAGGAUUAGUACAAUCAAGACUACAGAGUGAUAAAAAAUAAAUAAAUAAAAAUUAAAUAAAAAUAAUAAAUAUAAUAAAAUAAAAUAAUGCCACGUAGGAGGGGAAGAGCCCAGGAAAGGUCUGGGAUAGACAGUAGAGUGCGCUCCCGGGCUGUGUCUCGUGCCUCUGAAGACACACAGAGACAAAGAAGCAGAUCCCCAAUAAAUGGCCUUAAUAUGACAAAUCCUGCCAACUGGACUUUAGCAAUGCUAAAAGAAAAAUUGAAAGCGGAAGGUAUUGUUUUACCCAACAGUACACCACACAAAACAUUGCUGAAACUGUACCAGCAAAUCCAGAACAGAAACAGUGACAAUGUGGUCAGUUCAAAACAUGAAACAAACGCACAAGGAGUUGUAAAUGCUAUGGCAGACAUACCGGGAAACUUAUCACAAUUACAGGAAGAAAUGCUGAAAAUGCAGGCUACUUUGGCUGAACUUGCCAAGGGAAAGGAGAACUCAGAUUCAGGUAAAGAUUUUCAAUUAAGCUUUAACAAUGACGAACACGACUCAAUUCAAAUUGGACCUAUGAAACGCCAUCCUGUUGACGAGCUCCCACCAGUAAAUAUUAUACCAAUUAAGGUAAAAAAUGACAUCCUUGCUCACAAGUAUGUAAACUUUGCAUUGCUAUUGAUUCCGGGCAUGGACACAAACAAUGAGACCAAGGUCAUGGAUUCAGAUGGACAACAAGUCAUUAUCCGUGCUGGGGAUAACAGACUAAAUAAAAGCCUGAACAUCACUGAAUUCAGAACAGCAUUUAAUAAAUUCAGGAAUGUCAUAUGUGAGAAAGAACCGCAUCGACGCAAAGAGUUAGAUACGUAUGGGGAGAUGAUAGACAAUAUGUACCAACAGUAUGGUGGUACGUACUUUUAUGACUAUCACACCGCCUUCUACCGUAAAGCCGAACAGUAUGAACUACAUAACGUAUCUGUCGACUGGUCGUCCUGUGACACUAAACUUUACAUGACGACUUUCUCUGGACUACGCAGCCAAACUUGUGACAUCUGCAAAGAUACGAAUCAUCUGACAUCCUUCUGCCCAAAAACUGCACAUAAUAGUGGUUACAGUAGAUCGGUUAGGAAUCCAGCUGCGAGGUUCGCACCCACUAGAGCUUACCAGUCUGCCUCUAGCACAUUUGCUAACUCAAGGGACAAAUAUGGCCGUGACCGCAAGUUUCACGAAGGUAAAGAGAUAUGCAAUAAUUUCAACACCACAGGCUGCAAAAAUUCCCAUGCUAAUUCAUCACUCAUUCAUGUUUGUGACAUAUGUAAAUCUGUCAAUCACCCUGCCUACCAGUGUGGCAAACAGAAAACUGGAGCAAAACAGCCUUCAACAAGUAAAUGACUGCAACAGCAUCAGCAUAAUGAUUUGAAAGCCACAACACCAGUUAAUCUGUUAGCUUUAGGAAAAGAACUACAUUCCCAUCCAGACAAGAACUUUGUUAACAGUCUUAUGCAAGGAAUGAGAGAAGGUUUCGACACUGGGUUACAAUACUUGCCAGAGACCAGCUAUCAGUGUAGAAACCUUCGAUCAGCCAUAUCUCAACCAGAGAUUGUUUCUGAACUUCUUCAAAAAGAGAUUACCAAGGGAUAUUUAUUAGGACCUUUUGAUUUUCCGCCCUUUGAAACAUACCGUAUAAACCCCAUAGGUGUUGUGGAAGGCAAAUACUCAAAAACGUUUCGAUUGAUAGUGGAUCUGAGUGCUCCUCACAAUAAUACCGAACACUCUAGUAUAAACAGUCUGAUUGACAAAGAGGAGUAUUCUCUUUCAUAUGUGAGUGUUGAUGAUGCCAUUAAAAUAAUCAAGCAAUGUGGACAAGGUGCAAUGAUGUGCAAAACUGAUAUUAUUGAUGCAUUUAAGCUUAUACCAAUUAAGCCAGAGUUAUGGGCAUACCAUGGUAUCUGCUGGAAUAAUAAGUUCUACUUCUUCAAAAGGUUGUGUUUUGGGUCUCGCAGCAGUCCAAAAAUUUUUUCCAUGCUGUCUGAAGCUAUUCAUUUCAUUGCUACAAAUAAUUAUAAAAUUCCAAAUCUGCUGUACCUACUGGAUGACUUUCUAGCAAUCGUGCCAAAAACUCUAGACAGCCACAGAUAUAUGGCAUUGUUGACACAUGUGUUUGGCUCUUUGUCAGUGCCAAUUCACCCUGAUAAAACCUUGGGACCUAGCACUACGAUGUCGUAUUUAGGAAUUACACUCGAUUCCGUCAAAAUGCAGGCUUAUCUACCUUUAGAAAAAGUUCAAAGGAUAAAGAUGCUUUUGGAUGCCAUAAGCAAGUGCAAAUCAAUAACAAAACGGAAGUUAUUAAGUGUCCUUGGUCAUUUAAACUUUGCAUCACGUGUUAUCAGGCCAGGAAGAAGUUUUGUAUCAUAUCUUCUGAAGCUCGCGGCGUCUGUACGAGAAUUGCAUUAUCAUGUGAAACUUAGUCAAGAGUGCCUUUCAGACAUGCGUAUGUGGUAUGACCUAUUGAACAAUUGGAAUGGUAUCUCCUUUUUCUAUGAUGACCAUGUUACUGAAUGCACUGAUAUUGAACUCUAUACAGACGCUAGUGGAAGUUGUGGGUAUGGUGGAUACUAUCAAGGAAGGUGGUUCGCUGAACCUUGGCCUGAAGAGCUGCCAAAACUAGGAGAAACAGACAUGUCAAUAGCUUUUAUGGAAUUGGUACCAAUAGUCACUAGUGUUGUUCUGUGGCAAGGUAUGUGGUCAAAGAAGCAGAUUAGAUUUCAUUGCGACAACCAGGCUACUGUGGAUAUAAUCAAUAAGGGACGUAGUAAGUCAUCUUUGAUUAUGAAAUUAAUGCGUAGACUAACUUGGUGUGCAGUUAAAGGCAAUUUCAUAGUACAUGCUAGGUAUUUUCCUGGGAAAUUCAAUGUUGUAAGUGACAGUUUAUCACGUUUUCAGAUGCAACGGUUCCGAAGACUAGCACCAGACGCAGACAAAUAUCCCACCAAAGUGCCACCCCUAUGCAAGCUAUACCUUGGUUAGAGAAUACUGUAGCAAAACUGUGGAAUGCAGCUCAUGAAAAUGGUAUCUUGGCCUUUAUGACAGUUUAAUGUUAGCAGCUGCAUGUACGAUGGCAUUCUUUGGAUUUCUGAGAUGUGGAGAGUUCACAGUGCACGCUCAAAGGCCAAAGAGAAGCAAUGCACCAUUAACUCUGCAAAAUAUCCAGUUCUCAAACAAAAACAGUUCUUAUGUAUUAUUUCUGCCAAAUUCCAAAGCAGACAUAUUUAGAUCAGGAGUCAAACUAACAAUCACAGCUACAAAUUCUUCAACCUGUCCUGUGACACAUAUGGACAGAUAUCUUAAUUUGAGAAGACAAUGCGGAGCAUGUGCGACUGAUCCGCUAUUCAUUAAUUCCAAGGGAACAACACUAACAAGGGAAUUCUUCAUUCAGAGCAUUCACAAACUACUACUUCUGCUUGGAAAGGAUACCAAACUCUAUUCUGGCCACAGCUUUCGAAUUGGUGCUGCCACAACAGCAGCGCGAUUUCAAGUCCCUGAUCAUCUGAUCAGAACCUUAGGAAGAUGGUCAUCCGAUUGUUAUACAAAAUACAUCAGAACUGAUGGUGCUCUUAUACAGGAAGCACAUAAAGCUAUGUGUGGCGUUUGAUUAUCAAAUCAUCUAAGGGUGAUUUAGCAAUUGUGCAAGCCCAUAGGAAAUAGCUAUCAUUGCAAUCUAGUAGAUGUACCUGUGUGUUUCAGUCUUCUGCUUUGUCAUUAAUAGGUAGAAAGCAUGAGUGUUUGUAAUGCUUUCUAAAGUCAGUGUUAGGUUCAAUUCAUAUUUUCUCAAUGGAGCUAUAACUGCAAUUUAGGAGAUGUAUAUGUGUUUAUUUUUAGAUGUCUGCUACUACAUAAAUAUUAUUCAAAAGCACAAUAGUGUAACGACGUCAGCUGUAAUUCAUUCUUUCACAAUGGAGCUGUAAUUGCAAUCAAGCAGAAGUACGAGUGUUCUUAGUCUUCUGCUAUGUCAGUGUUAGGAAGAAAGCAUGAGUGUUUGUAAUGCUUUUUAAAGUCAGUGGUAGGUUCUAUUCAUUAUUUCACAAUGGAGCUAUAACUGCAAUCUAAUAGACAUAUAUGUGUUUAGUCUACUGCUUUGUAGAUAUAAUACUGGAACUAGGAGUGUCCUUUGCACUUUCGUUCUUGGUUAACACACAAAAAACAAAACAAAAACAACAAUCAUCAGUACUCUAUUAUGUCUGUUAAUUUAUCAUACACCACUGGAAGUUCAUGCUUCCCAAUGCUUUGUCGUCUUAUUGCAAUUUUUGAUUAUGGAUAAGCUCGCUAUUUAUUAUAAAUAUUGGAGCUCACUUACAAGUGUACUGUAGUGUCAUUCAUUGGGAAUAUUGAACUGACUAAACUAUAUAAGAGGUAUAAUAACACAAAUUGUUCCUGCUAUUGAAAGCAGUUCAUGAAUCAUGAUCUACUUAUUUUGCUGCAAAUUUAUUUUAUAUUUUUAGUAUCUGCCUUCAUCAUUAAAUGUAAUUAACAGUAUCUUCUAGCUAUCUCUCUUUCCAGGCCUAUCAGUAUGCCUAAUUUCAUACUCCAUACUGGAUUUCAUCAGUGCUGCUGAUCUUUAUUGUCUAGCCACAAUUAAUGUCCCACAUGGGAUUUGUUUUUCUGUAUUUUCUCUUUGUUAUGAUAACAUUCAUUCCUGUUGAACGCUAAUUGGCCUGUAGCUUAGAGGGGCCUGUCACUGAUAUGCUAUCUGUUGCAAUUAAAGCACCCCUGUGCUAAAGAACCCCUUGAGUUAUGUGAAACAAAAAAUGGUUCCUUUUAUUCAAUAAUAUGACAAUCACUAUUGACAUCAUUUGGUGUAGUUUAAAGCAUUAAGAAAAAAAAAAAAAUAAAAAAAAAAAAAUCAAUAAAUAAAUAAAAAAAAAAAAAAUCGUCUUUUCAUUUUAAGAACAUUUAGACACAGAGCCACUUUAAUUAUGGCUUUCACCCUGUGGAGCAUUUUUAUGUCUGUCAUUAAUCACCAAUUACUGACUUCAGUUCAGGACAUUCCCCAUGCAGAGUAAACAAGCAAUUACCACUGACUGAUGGUGAUACUCUGGUCUAAUCUAAACUUGAUAGGAUAUGUCAAUGCCUCUUGAUUUUGUUGUUAUUAUAACUGCCAUGUAAAUGUUUUAUCUCACUGCAGGAUGUAAUUACUCUCACAGCUGCAGAUUAUUAACCUUAUUCUGUUGUUUUUUUGUUAUAAAUAUCUGUGAACCUUUAAAAAGGUGUUAUAUUUCAAAUGGGAUAUACUAAUAAAGCUGAUGUUAAGAGCAGCAGGAGAGUUUCUAUGUCAGCAACAAGUUUGCAAAAAUAUUGCUAUUAACACUUUCGGGGGCACUCGUUUCGGUUCAUUGCUUAUUCACUCACCUCGUUUGGCCAUAUAUAUAACUUUGUUAUAUAUGGCCCCCUUCAGAAAUAGCAAAUCUAACCAUGAAACAAACGUCAAAAGAUGCCAUGUCUGCGGGUUUAUGAGUCCCAUGUGGUUCUGAUACGCUAUUUCCAUAUAUGCAGCCGUCUAUCGUCCCAAACUAUUUUCAUACUUGCCAUUCAACCUUUCAGGCUUGUAUGCAUUGCAUCACGACUGGCCUGCAGUUCAACUUUGUUGAACUGUUUCGAUGAACAUCAUCAUCUUCUGUCAUUCAGUUCAUGGAAGAUAAACCAUGAACAACCAGAGAUGUUAUAGUCCUGUUCGCUCGAACAGUGGCCGACCCAUCUCUGAGCCAUUCACCAUGGCUUCUUGUUCCCGGGCUGUUAACCAAAGUCUGGUUCACCGGGAACUCCAGUUCUCUGUCCGAACCCUAGACUGGUUCCAGGAACUGCGGCAGUAUCGCCUGUACCUUUACACAGGUCAGGAUCUGCCUACUAUGAUCCGCAAGCGUCAUAGCCUGCAGUCGUGAUGGCCUUAGCCGGCUGGCCAGCUUGCAGUGAUGGACCGAGUGGGGCUGCCCCCUUUCUCCAAAGAUAUAAUGUUUUAAGAUGUAUGUAAUAUUUGUAUAAUGUAGUUGUGUAUCUCAUAUAAUUAUAUACUUGUAAUCAACCAACUGUGUCUGUUUUUUGUUGAACUCUUUAAAGUGGUGAUUAAA